GAUGUCUAAGCAUAACCUAGGAUUAUCUAUCCAUGUUAUCUAUAUCAUGUUUGCUGCUCACCAAAUCCUGGGUGGAGGAUUUCAUCUGACCAACCAAGAUGUGAAUAUGACAAGGUUUGGAAAAUCUUUGCAAUCAAAAGUUGGUGAUGCCACAAAGUCAUAUAUGGCCAUGCAUCAGACAUAUGAGGGGACCUACUUUGGGUUUGUUGCUACAUUGGAUGUGUAUGGAUUUGAGAUUAAUUAUAGCCAAAGAAUCAUAUCAUCAGUAUGGAUUGUCAACAGAGGUCCCAAUGACAACCUAGAAGAGAAUGCAAUUAGGAUUGGAUGGCAGGUUUUUCCUGAAUUGUACGGUGACUCACACACCCACUUCUUCACUUAUUGGACGAGGGACUCAUACCGAACUACAGGGUGCUACAACAUGAGGUGUCCAGGUUUUCAACUCACACUUGGAUCAAAAAUAACUCCUGGUGAUGUCAUAAGCCCAGUAUCCGAUGUUGAUGGAGCGCGACAAAAUAUUACAAUUAAAGUGUCUAGGGAAAAGUCUACUGGGGAUUGGUGGAUAUACUAUGGCUUCAACAGUGCUCCAACAGUUGUGGGUUAUUUCCCAGCUAAUCUAUUUACCAACUUAUCUGAAAAGGCAACUAGCAUUUUAUUUGGUGGGAGUGUUUUAGCAGUAGAAGGUGCUUCAACCCCUCCAAUGGGCAGUGGAUUAUUGCCAUCGAUCCUGUCUGACAAGGCUGCAUCAAUUGAGGAUAUUUUAUUAGUCGAUGAAGAUGGCAAAAUCGCACCAUUUGAUGUGAAGACGAUCAAAGACGAGACCUCAGACCUUUGUUAUGCCAUGACACCUAUUUUUGGUGAAAGCACUUCAAGGUGCUUAUAUGGAGGCCCUGGAGGUUGCGUCGUCGGUUAGGCAGAUUUGGCUUCAACUAAUUUUUGGCCUCUGUUAUGUAUACAUGUUCUUUUUCAUUGUUGUCAAUGGAACCAGGGAGUUCCAUAUAUGGAGAAAGAU